AUGUAUUUGAAGUCCAUCAUCUCCACAAUCUUCUUAGGGCAACUUGGAGACGCUGAAUUAGCUGGAGGGGCGUUGUCAAUUGGUUUUGCAAACAUAACUGGUUAUUCAGUCAUCAAAGGACUGGCUAUUGGAAUGGAGCCAAUAUGUUACCAAGCUUAUGGUGCCCAAAAAUGGGAUAUUAUCUCUCAAACCUUUCGGAGGACUCUGUUUCUUCUAUUGCUUGCGGUCCUUCCCAUCUCCCUAUUGUGGGUGAACAUGGACUGGAUACUUGUAUCAUUCGGUCAAGAUAAGGAUAUAACAAUUGUGGCUAAGAUCUAUCUCACUUACUCCAUUCCAGACUUGGUAGCUCAGGCUCAUCUACAUCCCUUAAAAACAUUAUUAAGGACUCAGAACAUAAACAGACCCCUAACCAUAUCAGCAACAUGUGCUACCGUACUUCAUUUUCCAAUCAGCUACCUACUUGUCAAAUACUUUAAUUUGGGGGUCAGAGGAGUUGCCCUUGCAUCAGGUUGGCACUCUGCGAACAUAUUUCUGGGGUUGACAGUAUAUCUUUUUCUAUCAAAAAGACCAAUCAAACCAUGGGUUGGCGCCCUAACUAAAACGUGCUCCCAAAGCUGGGGUUCGCUGCUGUCUCUUGCAGGUUCAAGUGUACUUUCAGUGUGCCUGGAAUGGUGGUGGUAUGAGAUUAUGAUACUACUGUCUGGUUUACUAAGCAAUCCACAGACAAAUGUGGCUGCAAUGGGAAUCUUGAUACAGCUUACUAGCUUACUUUAUGUGUUUCCCUCCUCCUUGAGCUCAAGCUUGUCAACAAUGAUUGGUCAUGAAUUGGGGGCUAAUCAACCUGCAUAUGCUCGAGAUUUGGCAAUCAUAGGAUUGACAGUGGCAAUUCUAUGGGGAUUUUCUGCUUUUGCUUUCACCAUCCUCAUAAGGGAUGCUUGGGGAAAGUUAUAUACCCAGGACUAUGAAAUUCUUCGAUUGACAUCAAUUUCAAUUCCCAUAAUAGGGUUUUGUGAGUUGGGGAAUAGCCCUCAAACAGCAGCCUGUGGAAUCCUCAUAGGUUCAGCCCGGCCUACUGUUGGCUCUCUCAUCAAUUUCAUAUCAUUUUAUGCUAUAGGUUUGCCUACAGCAAUAUUACUAGCUUUCAAAAUGGAAUAUGGUUUUGUUGGUCUCUGGAUUGGGCUUGCAGCUGCACAGAUUUCAUGUUUGUGCAUGAUGGUAUCAGUUCUCCUCAGCACUAAUUGGACCUAUGAGGCUACAAGGGCAAAAGGACUAACCCAGGAUACACAAGGAUGCAACUAUCAUUCAGAGGCAAGUCUCCUAAAUUGA